ACCGACUCGACUGCCGUUGUAGGAAGCUUAUUACCAAGGCCCCCGUCAGCGAUGCCUUGCGCAGCAUUGGGGACGCCGGGCUUGGAAGCGGCCUUCGCAGGUCUUGGUAUUGUUACUAAUCAUGGAGUUCUGGAAUCAAAAUAUUCCCACAUGGAGAUGCUCCAUCGUGGCUCGUGGUACCUGCUCAGAAGCCGUGUCAUUGCUCGUGAGUCGUAGGUCGCCACAGUUUAUUACUUAUGUCCUGGGGUUCGUCCCAUCUUGGAAUAAAGAUUUGUUUCCUCUUCUUCAGGAACACACUCAUCUCUCACCCGUUGAGUCUGCUACCCCCCGGUCUCACUCUCACCUAGUCAUUCCUUCUUUGAACGUCCUCUGGACCAACCUGUCUUGUCAACAUGCACGCCAAACUUUCAAGCUGCCUUUUGGCGGCCUCUGCUCUCCUGCCCGCCGUCACGGCUGAGGGUUGCCCUUUCGCCAAACGCGAUGGUUCCGUCACCAGCGAGCUCCCCAAGAGGGACACGGCCGAGGGCUUCGGCCGAUGCUCGAGAAUCAGCAACCAGGCUGGCGGCGGCACUCGCAGCCACGACUGGUGGCCAUGCCAGCUCAGACUCGAUACUCUUCGUCAAUUCCAGCCCGCGACCAACCCGUACGGAGGCGAUUUCGAUUACACUGCGGCUUUCAACUCUUUGGAUUAUGAGGCUCUGAAGAAGGACCUCCACGCCCUGAUGACGGAGUCCCAGGAAUGGUGGCCCGCCGACUUUGGCCACUAUGGCGGUCUCUUCAUCCGCAUGGCCUGGCAUAGCGCCGGCACUUAUCGCGCCAUUGACGGCCGAGGUGGCGGUGGAAUGGGCCAACAACGUUUUGCUCCGCUUAACAGCUGGCCUGACAACCAGAACCUCGACAAGGCUCGCCGCCUGCUGUGGCCUAUCAAGCAAAAGUACGGCAACAAGAUCUCAUGGGCCGACUUGUACCUGCUCACCGGCAACGUCGCCCUCGAGUCCAUGGGCUUCACCCCCCUUGGCUUCGCCGCUGGCCGUCCCGAUACCUGGCAAUCCGAUGAGUCCGUCUACUGGGGAGGAGAGACGACUUUCGUCCCCAAGGGCAACGAUGUCCGCUACAACGGCAGCACCGACAUCAACGAGCGCGCCGACAAGCUCGAGAAGCCCCUGGGUGCCACCCACAUGGGUCUCAUCUACGUCAACCCGGAGGGCCCCGAUGCCAGCUCCGACCCCGCCGCUUCGGCCAAGGACAUCCGCGUCGCUUUCGAUCGCAUGGGAAUGAACGAUGAGGAGACUGUCGCUCUGAUCGCCGGUGGACACGCCUUCGGCAAGACGCACGGUGCUGUGCCUGCAAGCAACAUUGGAGGUGAGCCCGAGGCCGCUGACCUUGGCGAGAUGGGUCUCGGAUGGCACAACAGCGUUGGCGAUGGCAAUGGUGUCAACCAGAUGACUAGUGGUCUUGAGGUUGUCUGGACCAAGACCCCUACCAAAUGGAGCAACGGCUACUUGGAGUCUCUCAUUCACAACAAAUGGACCCUCGUCACCAGCCCUGCCGGCGCUCAUCAGUGGGAGGCUGUCAACGGCACCCUCGACUACCCCGACCCCUUUGACAGCACCAAGUUCCGCAAGGCCACCAUGCUCACCAGUGACUUGGCUCUCAUCAACGACCCGUCCUACCUCAACAUCACCACCCGCUGGCUCGACCACCCUCAGGAGCUGGCCGACGCCUUCGCCAAGGCUUGGUUCAAGCUUCUCCACCGUGACUUGGGUCCCGUCGCCCGCUACCUCGGUCCUGAGAUCCCCAAGGAGACUUUCGGCUGGCAGGAUCCCCUUCCCGCCAGGGAGGGUGAGCUCAUUGACGAUGCUGAUGUGACCAAGCUCAAGUCUGACAUCCUCGGCACCGCCGGUCUCGACGUCUCCAAGCUCGCCUCCGUCGCCUGGGCCUCCGCCUCGACCUUCCGUCACUCCGACAAGCGUGGUGGUGCCAACGGUGCCCGUAUCGCCCUCGAGCCCCAGAACAAGUGGGUUUCCAACAACCCUACCGUCCUCGCCGAGGUCGUCGACGCCCUCAAGAAGAUCCAGACGAGCUUCAACACCGGUGCCAAGAAGGUCUCCCUCGCCGACUUGAUCGUUCUUGGUGGUGUCGCCGCUGUCGAGAAGGCCGCUUCUGACGCUGGUGUCGCCGUCACCGUCCCCUUCACUGCCGGCCGCGUCGACGCCACCCAGGAGCAGACCGACGUCCGCGCCUUCAACUACCUCGAGCCCCAGGCCGACGGUUUCCGCAACUACGGCAAGGGCACCGCCCGCGCUCGCACUGAGGAGAUCCUCGUCGACAAGGCCUCGCAGCUUACCCUCUCCGCCCCGGAGCUGACUGUUCUCGUCGGUGGUCUCCGUGCCCUCGGCGCCACUUUCGACCAGUCCAACACCGGUGUUCUUACCGCCAAGAAGGGCCAGUUGACCAACGACUGGUUCAUCAACCUGCUCGACAUCUCCACCGUCUGGUCCAAGACCGACACCGAGGGCGAGACCUGGACCGGUGUCGACCGCAAGACCAAGGCCGAGAAGUGGACCGCCACCCGCGCCGAUCUCGUGUUCGGAUCCCACGCCGAGCUCCGUGCCAUCUCUGAGGUCUACGCCAGCUCCGACGCUAACGAGAAGUUCGUCAAGGACUUCGUCGCUGCUUGGGAUAAGGUCAUGAACCUUGACCGCUUCGACUUGAAGAAGUACUAAAGUGCUCUACGCACUAACCCAACUGUUUCUAUGUUAAGGAUUUAAGGUGUUGGCGGCUAUUCUUGUAUCUACUUUAUACCUCAUAUAUUCUCUCGUCUGCACUCUGUCCCCUCCACAGUUCAUAAUCGUCGUGACUCAUCAUUCAGUUUAGUCGGUCGGCUUAAGAAGUCAAGUACAUGCCCUUAAAACCAAUUCCAAUGUCGAGACACUCAACAGUACUCUGGAAGACUAUUCAAUUUCUAGAAUGUCUAAAGAAAUUUCUAUGGACUUGUGUUGGGCUGACCUGACUUUUUCGACUUCGGCUUGAUGAAUAUCGCAGCUAGAAGCAUGCAACCAGAAACGCCAGCAAAGAAUGCCCACAUCACACGCAACGCAGACAUGUAGAUAGCCUUGCUAGCCCCUGGAGUUCCAUCGUUCCCAUUCUCAGAACCAAGCUUCCCUGCCGUCAGCUCUCCACCACCAAGGUUAUGCUGCAACAGCACCGUCCCGAUGACAAUGGACAUCGAAGAAAAGAGAGACCUCACAAAACUGAAAGCCGACAUAGCAGCCGCCAUAUCUUUUUGCUUCGUGUGAGUCUGAAUUGAGAUCAUGGGACUUUGGAAGAGCACACCGGCACCGAACCCAGUAAUCAUUUGGAAAGACACAAUCUUGGCCCACUCCGU